AUGUUGCAGGCUGAAUCUCAGGACGCCGCUGAUUCCCGCUACUUUUUUAAAAUCCUAGGGGAAAUGACGUCUCUCUUCAGCGCCUUUGACCUUGUAGUGGGGAUCCAGAAGGUUGACCACCUAGUAAUCAGCACUGGGAAGAAUGAAGCCAACUCGCUGGUCAUUGCGCAGGCACUGCAGCAUGUAGUCACUCAUGUGUGCAAGGACAAGCUGUUUUCGACAAAUCUCACUGUGGUCAAAGAGUUUUUCCUCUUAGGAUUUCAAGGCAGACCACUUGUAAGAAAUGUUCUCUUCCUUCUGUUCCUUCUUGUCUUUGUUGCCACGAUAUGUGGGAAUCUCCUGAUCAUCAUCCUGGUGUCCACCAGCAGGAACCUCCACACUCCAAUGUACUUCUUUAUCUCACAACUGUCCGUUAGUGACAUCUUAUUAACUGGAAACAUUGUCCCCAAUAUGUUCAAAGUCCAACUGAAUAAUGGAGGAACCAUCAGUUUAAUUGGUUGUAUUACUCAAUUUUAUUUUUUUGAUAGCACUGAAGUAUUUGAAUGUCUUCUUCUCGCUGUGAUGUCUUAUGACAGAUAUGUGGCCAUUUGUAAUCCCCUCCAUUACUCCUCUAUCGUAACUAAUAGAUUUUGUGUUAGAUCAGUCACCACUUGUUGGUUGUUGGGAAAUUCUAUUUCAAUCAUUGCCACCAUAACACUGUCCAAGCUAAAAUUUUGUGGGCCAAAUAUAAUUGACCAUUUAUUCUGUGACCUUCUCCCCUUACUAGAACUUUCAUGUUCAAACACCUUUUUUGUUCAUUUGGAGAUUUAUGUGAUGGGAAUUCCAACUUUAAUAAGCCCAACCAUAAUCAUUGUGGUUUCUUAUGCUUAUAUUUUUAUAAUAGUCUUAAGAAUCCCAUCCAGUACUGGUAGACAGAAAGCCUUCUCCACCUGUAGCUCCCACCUCACUGUGGUCUCCAUAUUUUACUGGACUAUCUUCAGUGUCUAUGUUCUUCCAUCAAGUGGACAAACAUCAGAUGUUAAUAAGAUCCUUUCCCUGCUGUAUACUGCAUUUACUCCACUGAUUAACCCCAUUAUAUACAGUCUGAGGAAUGAAGACAUUAAGAAAGCCGUACAGCAAGCAUUCCAUAAACACAUCAUGUACUAA